AAACAUUUUUUGCCACUACAUACUACGGAAUAUUGCUCCAAAUUGUUUAUAUCAGCAACCAUGUCCAUGUGCAUUCGUCCUUCAAAAGUAAAUACCUCGAUCUGAUUAAAUUAUUCAAUUCCAUCCGUUUCCCAACUUUCCCUAGACCAAACUCAUUCACUCCCCCCCUCCCAACACUUCUCCUACAUAAAACUGUCAUUCCCAUUAAUUUUUACCAGCUUAUUUCAGUACUGUCUUUACACCUUAUCUUCUACUAGCUAGCUAGUUCCCUUUCCUCGAUCUCCGGUCCUCUGAGAAUGGCGUUCAUGGACCUCCUUAUCCUCUUCUUAGCUCUUCUCUUUCUCCGCUUCUGGUGGCGCUACUGGUCCGUCACCGGCGGCGGGUCCAAAAACAUUCCGCCGGGGCCGCCGGGAUGGCCUAUUUUGGGUAAUCUCGGCCAGGUCAUUCUCCAACGCCGUCAUUUCGUCUUUGUAGUACGUGAUUUACGUGCAAAAUAUGGCCCAAUCUUCACCAUGCAAAUGGGCCAACGCACGCUCGUGGUAGUCACCAGCGCCGAGCUCAUCCACGAAGCCAUGAUCCAGAGAGGCCAGGCGUUCGCCAGCCGGCCGGAGGACUCGCCGAUUCGGCUCUUGUUUAGCGUCGGAAAAUGCGCCAUUAACUCCGCGGAGUACGGGCCGCUCUGGAGGACCCUACGCCGUAACUUCGUGACCGAGCUGAUAAACCCGGCGAGAGUAAAGCAAUGCAGUUGGAUACGGAAAUGGGCCAUCGAAAACCACACGAAGAGGCUCCAGAGAGAGGCGUCGGAGAAAGGGUUCGUCGAGGUGAUAAGCAACUGUAGGCUCACCAUAUGCAGCAUCAUCAUAUGCAUUUGCUUCGGAGCAAAGAUCUCAGAAGAUGAGAUAAAAAAGAUCGAAAGCGUGCUAAAGGACGUGAUGUUGAUCACAUCACCGAAGCUCCCGGACUUCUUGCCGGUUCUCACUCCGUUGUUCCGCAAGCAACUCAAAGAAGCCAAAGCGCUGAGAAAGAAACAACUGGAGUGCUUGGUUCCGCUCGUGAGAAAGAGAAAGGCUUUCGUGGAGAGCGGCGGAAAUGGCGGUCCGGAGAUGGCGAGCCCCGUCGGCGCCGCCUAUAUAGACUCUCUUUACGGGCUGGAAGCGCCGGGUCGGGGCAAGUUGGUAGAAGAAGAGCUCGUGACGCUGUGCUCGGAGGCGAUCAUCGCCGGGACGGACACGAGCGCUACAACUUUGCAGUGGGCUUUGCUUCACUUGGUGAUGGAUCAAGAGAUUCAAGAAAAGCUGUACAAGGAAAUCGUAGAGCACGUCGGCAAAGACGGGUGCGUCACUGAGAGCGACGUAGAGAAAAUGAGCUACCUUGGUGCGGUGGUCAAAGAGACUUUCCGGCGACACCCACCGGGCCAUUUCGCGCUCUCGCACGCAGUCACGAAGGAGACGGAGCUCGGAGGGUACACCAUUCCGGAAAACGCGAGCGUGGAGUUCUACACUGCCUGGGUGGCCGAGGACCCGGCUGUGUGGAAGGACCCGGGUGAGUUCCGACCGGAGAGGUUCUUGGACGGUGAUGGGGUCGACACAGACGUGACGGGGACGAGGGGGGUGAGGAUGUUGCCUUUCGGUGCCGGCCGGAGGAUUUGUCCGGCCAUGACGCUGGGGACUCUGCAUGUCCUCUUGUUGCUGGCAAGGAUGGUGCAUGCUUUCAAGUGGUUGCCGGUUCCCGGAGCCCCACCCAACCCGGCUGAGACUUUUGCUUUCACUGUUGUGAUGAAGGACCCUCUCAAGGCUGUGAUCUUGCCGAGGGGUGAAUUGUGAAAGGCUGUUAGAGCUUGCUAUGAACCGUUGUUUUUGGGACUUAAUUGGGAGAGGUGAUUUUGCUCUACUGGGUAUGCGUUAAUAAGCUUAAUUAAGCUAUAAUUAAGCUAGUGGGCUAAUAUUUGCUUGGCAAAUGGGUAUAAAAGGAGAAGCAAACGGCUAGGCUAGUUUGCUUAUAUAAUAAGUGAUAGAAUUAAGGUUGAAUUACCAUGCAUUAUACAUACUGGAAUUCUAUUUAUUUCCUUGGUUAUUUUUAAACUCUAAAGUUCAUUCUAA